AAGAAUGCUUAGAUAGUAAUACACCAUUGAACCUUACAUACAUGCGUAAGUGUAACGAGGAAGGGCCACAGCAUGACAUUCAAAAACAUAUUGUAUGUUUUCUGUAUAUUAUCACUAACAUUUGGAAUACCGUCGGGAGUGACAACAAGUGAUGCCGCUACAAAAGUGUUCCGACGUGAGGCCAAUGGCAUAGUGAAUAGACGGGCAGGUGCUGCAUGUCCUACAGAAAUGCAAUAUGAAAUGAGCCAAUCAUUGCCAAACAGGGUGCUGAAAUCGUCGCAAGCAUUGUUCAAGAAAUCAAUUGGAUCGCUAAGCGGCUGUAUGUCAAUGUGUAGUAAGCAGGUAAACUGCAAGUCUGGAUUUUAUAACCAGAACAGCACAACGUGUGUUGGGAACAACGAUACAGUUGUCCCUUACAGCGAUACCAAGCACGAUAAAGGCAGUAAAUUCUUCACUGAAAACCAAGUCUGCAAAAUAAGGGGGUUUAUAUACAAUAGCAAGGAGGAUUUCUGCUUUCAAGUAUAUCCUCAAAAGAAAACGUGGGCUGCUGCUAGCAGUUUUUGCGAAGACAUCAACGGCUUACUCCUGGUACCAACGCCAUAUGCAAAAUACAAGAUCGUUAUACAGAAACUGAACAAGUUUCCCAAUGAUUUCUAUUGGAUUGGUAUGUCGGACAAUGCUAAGGAAGGAAAUUGGAAAUGGUUAACGAAAGAGUCUGCAAACAACUUUAAAGGAAAUGGACAACUUAGUAACAUUGAUCCUGACAAGGCAGACACUGAAGCCGACUGUGGGGCGUUAGACAGUAAAAUGGGCAUUAUUAAAGACCGCAAUUGCUACACAUGGAAACCAUUUAUAUGUGGAUUUCUAAAGGAUGGGCCGUGUAAGGUGAAGUAAGUUUAUGCGUUGGCAGAUGUACCGGGCUUGGAUGCCAUUUUGGCACGUUUGAUGUUCGAUUUCCAACAAAAAAACAUGUUCUAUUGGUAAUUUGUUUCGUUGUUACUUCUCAUUUAUUGUAAUAUUUUAAAAAGACUGAAUAAAUACAACU